CCACAAUCGCGGUACAAAACUGUGCACCCAAAGUAUCCUUAAAGGAGUUCUCCUCAAAUCUCAAAUCACCUCUCCAUGUCCCUGGACGUUUUUGUUUCUUCGGCAGCCUAUCGAUUGAUCGAUUGCGAUGGCGAACGUAAGCCCAGCGCAAAUCAAGACCAAGCUGUGCAAGAUCGAGGUUCCACAGGUUGUCCUUGACAAGGAUGACUGUGAUCCAUCUAUGGUGGUGCCAAGCCCAGGCACAUGGGAAGAGUGCACCACUCUUCCACAACCAACGCGGCGCUUGACUUUUCCAGUACCUACCGGAAGCGAAGAGGGCUGCAUUCUCAACAUCCCUUUGCAGGACGGCACCAAACUUGCCAAGGAGCUUCCGCAUGGCUUAAACUCCGGUGAGAUGGUUUUGGCUUUCCAACGGCCAGAUGGCGAUUGGCGCAUGAUGAAGAAACCUGCAGAGUUUGCUUUUGUGGUGCCUCCUGAUGCGACACCAGGAGCAGCUCUAAAGCCACAACUGCCAGACGGCACAUAUCUUCACUUUGAGGUUCCUGAAAGCGUUGGACCUGGGAACUUGAUCGAAUUGCAACAUCAAGGCUCUUGGCAACUGAAGAGAGUUGUGGAACUCACGGAGGUGCAACAAGUGCCAGCCCAAUCCAACACAAUUCGAGGGCCCUUUCUGGCAGCAUUGGACACCUUGCGUCAGUCAGUGUCCUUGAAGCAGUUGGUACCAGAUGCUUCGGGCAUCUUGGGCGUGAAUGUCCCGUUCUGCGGGCGGUUCCAGGAGUAUGCCAUGUUGGGGAACUUCCUGGCUGAGCAUUGCCUUACUUUGCCAGGCAUCAAGGGGGCCAGGAUCUUUGGUUGUGACAUGUCAGAUCGUUACUACUACGAUUGGGCCGUGGCUCGUCGAUGGUUUGCAGAGUUUCAUCCAAUGAUCGAAGUGCAUUUGCAGGUGCGAGACUUGCACCUUGAUCCUUUGCCAAAAGCUGGGCUGACCAUCGCCUUACACCCUGAAGUCACCAAAGGAGGCUCUUGGUUUCCAAUCAUGGGCUCUGUGAUCAAAGCUUCGCAGAAUGGCAUUUGCUUGAUCGCUUCCUUCUUCCAGGAUGAGGCCAAGACCCUAAUGAACAUGGUGGAUAUGUAUGACGAAGGUCGAGCCAAGCUACUCGUCGAGAAUACCUACUGGAAAGAGAGUGCAGAGAGCAAUGUGGCCGAGUCAGUGCCUUCAAAAAGGAUGAACUUCCUCCUUCUUCUUCCACCUUCUUCACAAACCAAGAGCAUGAACACUUCGUAUUUCCAGUGGUUCGGACGCCUCGUGAGCGCAAUUUGCGGUCGCAAAUGAGAGAAGCACAAGCUUCAGUGCAGCAAGUGUUUUCCUCGCAGCACUUUGUGUGCUGAAUGCUCCUUUGCUUCAAACAUACUUUCACAUCGCUAUGCCAAAAUAAGUGCUC